AUGUCCCCGUUUAGGUUGGUCUUUGGAAAGCCAUGUCACCUUCCCGUCGAGGUAGAGCAUCGUGCAUUUCGGGCGGUCAAACAAUGCAAUUUCAACAUUGAUGAGGCGGGAAGGCAUAGGAAACUUCAACUUCAAGAGCUAGAAGAAUUGAGAAAUGACUCCUAUGAAAACGUAAGGAUUUACAAGGAGAAAACAAAGCUCUUCCACAACAAGUCCAUCUCCCGGAAGCAUUUUGAGGUGGGGCAUAGGGUCUUACUAUACCAUUCACGAUUGAAGUUAUUUCCAGGCAAGCUAAGGUCAAGAUGGAUUGGACCUUUCAUUGUGACUAAGACCUUUAACCAUGGGGCGGUGGAAAUUCAAAGCGAAAAGACGGGACAAACCUUCAAAGUCAAUGGGCACCGGUUGAAGCCAUUCUAUGAAGGUUUCAAUGCUAAUGCCCUUGAAGUCAUCCAUUUGGAUGUCCCGAUGUGUUGA